UGGUGCUGCUCUCUUUCUCUUGCAUCCAGACACCGACUUGGAGUUUCUGGCUGGGCGCAUUGAUCAGGUCUGCUUGCUGGGGGUUGUGCUGAGGCUCAGACUGUCACUCAUUCUCUGAUCAGUGCCUGCACACAGCUUACAGAGCAGCUGGCAAUCCACUACAGGAAAAAGAUUCCUUGCAAAAUCCUCCAAAUCGGCAGCAAAAAAAGCAUCAAGACCCCAUCUUUUUUGUUGUUGUUGUACUAUUGCCUACAUUAUUACAGCCUUCGCGAGCAGGAAGGUGGGGGAUCUUAAACGCCUAUGUUCAUCUUUGGACCCAUUGUAACGAAUAGGAGCAGCAGGAGAGAUUCCUCCGUCUGCAGAUUUACAAUGCUGCGACCUAAGGAGCUCAUCUGGACUUUAUUUCUCCUCGGAGCUGCAGCAGCUCUAGAAGUUACCAUUGUUCCUGAACAAGGAGAAAUAAGCCUAGGGGAAUCCAAAUUCUUCCUAUGCCAAGUCAUUGGUGAAGCAAAAGAGAUCUACUGGGAAUCACCAUCCGGUGAAAGAUUAGCCAACCAACAGCAGAUCUCGGUAGUGAAGAGUGAUGACUAUUCAUCAACACUUACUAUAUACAACGCCAGCAUUCACGAUGCCGGGACCUACAAAUGCAUUGCCAGCAACCCCGAAGAAGGACGUUCGGAAAGCACUGUUACACUCCAAAUAUAUCAGAAGCUGACCUUUAAGAAUGCACCCACCCCGCAGGAGUUCACAGAAGGGACAGAUGCUGUUAUCAUUUGUGAUGUAUCUAGCUCAAUGCCCUCGGUCAUUAUCUGGAAGCACAAAGGGAAAGACGUGCAGUUCAAGAAGGAUGUCCGCUUUGUAAUGCUGUCCAAUAAUUUUCUCCAAAUCCGGAGCAUUAAGAGAACAGAUGAGGGGACAUAUCGGUGUGAGGCUCGGAUCCUAGCACGUGGAGAGAUAAACUUCAAGGAUAUUAAAGUCGUAGUGAACGUUCCACCAUCUGUACGGGCUAGACAAACGACUGUCAAUGCCACCGCCAGCAUGGGAGAGUCAGUGACUAUAAGCUGCGAGGCUGAUGGAUUUCCCGAGCCUGAAAUUAGCUGGACAAAGAGAGGAGAAACUAUAGAGGUUGGAGAUGACAAGUACUCCUUCAGUGAUGACAUGUCAGAGAUGACCAUUCAUGGAAUUGAGAAAGACGACGAGGCCGAAUAUAACUGUAUUGCCGAGAAUAAAGCUGGGGACAGUGAAGCCACCAUUCUUCUCAAGGUCUAUGCAAAACCUAAGAUUACCUAUGUCGAAAACAAGACUGCCUUGGAGCUGGAUAAUGAGAUCACUCUGACCUGUGAGGCAUCAGGAGAUCCUCUGCCCAGCAUCACUUGGAGAACAGCCACACGUAACAUCAGUGAGGAAGACAAGACCCUGGAUGGACGUAUCGUGGUUCAGGGGCACAUCAGGAUGUCUUCUCUUACCCUGAAGGACAUCCAGUACACUGAUGCCGGAGAAUACUUCUGUGUUGCCAGCAACACCAUCGGCCAGGACACCCGAGCUAUGUACUUUGAAGUGCAGUAUGCUCCCAAAAUAAAGGGCCCAUUGGUCAUUUAUACCUGGGAGGGAAAUCCAGUUAACAUUACCUGUGAAGUCCUUGCCUAUCCUACUGCAAGAGUGUCCUGGUUGAGGGAUGGACAACUCCUGCCCAGUUCCAACUCCUCCAACAUCAAGAUCUACAGUAGUCCGUUUGCCAGCAGUCUCGAGAUCAACCCUGACUCUGAAAGCGAUUUUGGAAACUACAAUUGCACUGCAGUCAACAGCGUUGGACAGGAGUCUUCUGAGUUCAUUCUCGUACAAGCAGAAACCCCCUCAUCACCAACAAUCGUUAGGGUGGAGUCUUACUCGAGCACUGCUAUGGUCGAAUUUGAAGAACCAGACUCUACCGGUGGAGUACCCAUCCUCAAGUACAAGGCAGAAUGGAGACCGACAGGAGCAGAGAAAUGGCAAACUUCUAACUUCAGUGCCCGGGAUGAAAGUACAGAGAGCGCAAUCACAAUCGGAGGUCUUAGGCCUGAGACGUCAUAUGUUGUCAAACUGUCAGCUAUCAAUGGCAAAGGCAUUGGAGAGACAUCCCCACCUUUUGAGUUUGUGACCCAGCCAGUCCAUUUUUCACAUCCACGAACAGUGCCACCGGCAAGCACAACUGAGCAUCCUAAAGGAGAACCAAGUCCUCCAAAGCUGUCUGGCCGCGUUGGAGAAGAUGGAAAUUCAUUUAGAGUUGUCCUCCACAAGCAAGAUGAUGGCGGUUCUCCAAUCCUCCACUAUCUGGUCCGCCACAAAGCUAAAAACUCUGCAGACUGGAAACCUGAAAUGAGGAUCCCAUCGAGCAGUGAUCACAUUAUGCUUCACUCACUGGACUGGAAUGCCGAAUACGAGUUGGUGGUUAUAGCUGAGAACCAACGAGGAAAGUCAAAGUCUGCGCUGCUCAACUUCAAGACCACCACAAAGCCCACUGUCAUUCCAGCCACCACAAGCACGAGCUCGGGACUGGGUACAGGAGCCAUUGUGGGCAUUCUCAUCGUGGUCUUUGUUCUCCUGUUGGUGGCUGUGGACGUAACAUGCUACUUCCUAAACAAAUGUGGUCUGCUGAUGUGCAUUGCAGUCAAUUUCUGUGGGAAGGCUGGCCCAGGUGCCAAAGGCAAAGACAUUGAAGAAGGAAAGGCAGCGUUUUCAAAAGAUGAGUCUAAAGAACCCAUUGUUGAGGUACGAACAGAAGAAGAGAGGACACCAAACCAUGAUGGAAGCAACCAGACAGAACCCAAUGAGACCACUCCGCUAACAGGACCUGAGCAUCCAGCUGAUACCACAGCUACCGUCGAGGAUAUGCUGCCAUCUGUCACUACCGUCACCACUAAUUCUGAUACUAUCACAGAAACCUUUGCCACAGCGCAAAGUAGUCCCACAAGCGAAACCACGACCCUCACCUCUAGCACUGGUCCUCCACCAACAUCUGCUCCUGACUCAAAUACAGCACAGUCUGUGCAGGCUACUCCCUCCAAAAAAGAGGCACCUAAAGCCCCUUCACCUGCCCCUGCUGCUUCUCCAAAGGUUGCCCCUCUGGUAGAUCUAAGUGAUACCCCAUCUACUAACAGUUCAGCUAAUGCUUCAGCUAGUCAAGGUGGAGUUUUGAAUCCCAGUUCUGCUACCACUGAGUCUCCCAAAACCAAUGCUAAGCCUCCAGCCACAGUUCCAGCUGGUACCACAAGCCCCCCAGCUACUCCUGAACAACUCAAGCAGGCAGCAUCAGGCACCAAAAGCCCAGAAAAGGAAGCAGUACAACCCAGCACAGUGAAAAGUCCAACGGAGGCUACCAAGAAUGAGGCAGCCUCCCUCAGCAACACAAAACCCGCCCAGGGUGAGGACUUUCAAAUUGAUGGGGGGACCUUCAAGACUCCAGACAUUGACCUUGCAAAGGAUGUUUUUGCAGCUCUUGGAACUUCUUCUUCUGCCGCUGUGGCUAGUGGGAAAGCUCCUGAGCUGGCUUCUUCCACUACAGACACCUCUGUACCGCCUGCAUCAUCCAACACCGAGAAGGCCCCUGUAGAAGAGAACUCUAAGCCCGAGGAAUCAGACAGCAAGAGCACCCCUGCAGAAGUGAAAACAGUUCCUAAUGAAGCCACUCAAACAAAUGCAAGCGAGAGUAAAGCAUGAUUCCUCCUAGGGGGUGCGGGUGUGUUACGUGGGAAGGGGAAAGUGGAUACUAAAAAUAAUGUUUGAAGAGCCUCAUGCUAGCCAUUUACAGAGUGAGGUUCAUACACACAAACACGGCAUCGUUCCUCUCAAAUCUUGGCCUUUGUUGUUAUAAUUAUUAUUUUUUGUUCUAUUUUUUUUUCUUUUAAGAAAACCUGUUUGUUUUGUGAGACUGUAGAAAAGGUUCAUCUCUUGUGUACGCACUCUUUAUGAAAAAAAGCCUGGUGGGAAAUUUUCAUUGAGAUUUCCCAAGUAAUGUCCUGAAAUAAAAUUACUAUCCCUGAUUAUUCAUCAUGCGGAAAAGAAAUUGUUUAGACAGUAAACACCAGUGCAUGUAGUUGGGUUAAGUAAGGCCUUUAUCAACCCAGGUUGUCCACAUCAAGGUCCAGCAACCCUUAAGAACCUAGUUCUGUUCUUGAGUAAAUGUAAACAUUCUUUGUAUGUUUUACCCUGAACAUUUGGUUUUUUGAGUUGUAGAAGCCGGUUGUACUUGCAUGGCUGGCAUUGAGAAGGUUUACAUAAUGGCUGUUACAUUCUACCACUGUAUAGGAAAAUAAAGUCGGAGAAGAUGGAAAGUAAUCUGUAUGUGUCUUAAAGUCUUUCACCCUCUUAUAUUGACUGGAUGGUUCUAAUAGUACAUGGGUUAAAAGAAAUUGCUUGAUGGCUUAAUUGUGUGUGGCUAAUUCCUUGUAUCGUUUCUUCAGGGAUGACAGAAAGAUGUUCCCCAUAUUGUUUCUAUCUUCAUUAUUUGAGCUUUAUCCAAUAGAAAGCAUCAAAGCCUUACACUUGGUUAUAUGAAGUGAAGGUAGGCAGGCACCUUCUAAGAAGUUGUAAGAAUGGAUUCAUGUCUGGCACAUUGGCAAAGUAUGUGAGGCAUCGUGAAUUAGGUGCAUCAUGUUGCUACGCUCCGGCUAGUCAUGGAAUAAAGCGGCUAUUAAUAAAAUGUACAUAGAAUGGAUGGCAUGUACAUGACAGACCCUAGUUUGGGGCCUGUUUCGGUUUUCUGUCAAGCCAGUUGAAGAAAAGGUAAACCAGUCAUAGGAAAAAGGUAGAAAUCUUUACUUCUUACUUUGAAGACCAGUGAUGAUGAUGUUAACCACAGUUGAGUAAUCAAGAGUUGCAAUGUGCAGAAUAGACUAUGGACAGUGUCUGUUGCUUGGUCAUAGAGCCCAAACAAUGUACGGUAAUCCAAUCUAUUAUCUUCUGUGUAUGGUCUUACCUCUGAAAAGAAGACCUCGAAUCCAGCAUCAUCUUGUCAAUCUAUGCUCCUCAUAUAUCAGUAAGGUCUGAUUUUGUCUUUUAACUGAUGUACGGUAUGUCAAAUGUUGGGGUUGAAAUAUGUUAUUGCAUCAGUACAUCCCAGUAACAAUAUAUCUCACAUGCAAUGUGUUUGUGUAUACAUGCUAGCACCAAUAUUGUUGGUGUAUCAGAUACGACUGCUUCAAAAUGUGCUUUCUCCAUAUAGACACAUACUAUAGCAAUCUAGUGGUUCCAUAGGAUAUUUAUAAAGCAGUAUUUAAAGACAUCAUCAGAUGGAGGCAAUCAUUGUGCUUUUUGGCUGAAACAACGUCCAUGAAAUUGAAGGAUCAAAUUGUACCAACAAGGCAGGAAGUGGAGAAAAGUAAUACAUACAAAAUGCCCCAUACAGCAAUAACAUUAUUGGCUCCGUACUAUUUCUUCCAAAAUGUAAAACAGCUACCUUCUUGCCAAAAAAACGAAUUUCACCCACAAGUCUACUCAGCAUUGGUUUUGAUGAGAACCUAGAUAUCUAGCCAGAUUAGCCAGUAGAAACAUCUCUGUGCUUUCAAAUUUUAAGUAAAAAGUCCUAGUUUAACUUUUAUAUUUGAGGCCUUCUACUUGAAAUGCCGCCUACUUCACAACAGCAAUUGAAGUCCAUAAGAUACUCCAUUAACGAAAAAAAAAGUUCCAAGUUGGGUUCCAAAAAUAAUUUGUCGUGGUGUCAAUCUUUUGUUAAUGCAGAGCCUUAUAAAGACUUGUAUCAGUCAAAAUAAAUGCUGUUCAAGUGGUCUAGUUGUCUAAAAGUCUUCUCCGGCCAGACCGGAAGUUGUUUAAUGCACUGGACACUGAAAGUGCUGCUCCAAUGUCCGCUUCCAGGGUCAGGCCUGCUGCACUUCUGGACUGGUUCUGACACGGUACAGCAGGUCUCCCUCUCUGUGUACAUGAUAUGCUUGAAGGGGUUGGCUGUGUUGCUCAGUGCAAUAGGUAAGUCAAUCUCUGCAUCCACUGUAAUGGAGAAGGGGACUGGCUUAGCUAUUGCACUUAGCCACACAGCCCCUUGAAACCUAUAACUAGAGUCAUAUACCGACACAGAGUCGGGGAAAGCUCCAUUUCUGUGUCU